AUGAGUAUGGUGGCCGGUUUGAUUAUGUGGCCAUCACUGGACAGAGGCUUCGGGGUGCAGCAUGCAAAGGAGUCAAUCCUAGAUUCGGCCUCUGAGCUGCGAUACCUGCUCACAGACCCCGUGAGCGCCUUCUUCGAGGGAGCUCCGGUGGGCUUCAUGAGUAUGAUGGUGAUUCAUCGCUUCAAUAUUGCGAAUCUAAUCAAGCCGGACAUGGAGAUGAGCUUUGCCUCGAUUGCGGAGCAGACUGGCCUUAAAGAGGGUGUAGUCAAACAUGUGCUUCGCCAUGCAAUGACCUUGCGGGUAUUCCGCGAGUCCCGACCAGGAUUUGUGGCCCACACCCCUCGAGGCUAUACUUUGUGUAUGCGUUACGGCUAUCUCGAUGCGCCCGAUGCGUUGCAGAAAUGGCCACGAUCGGAUGAGCCCAACCAGACGGGCUUUUCCCUCGCCGAGAACACGGAUUGCGCGAUUUAUGAAGUCCUAGACGCAGAUCCUGUGCGUGGUGCCCGGAUGGCUAGUGCCAUGAACGUGUGGGCUUCAAGCGAGAGUGACUCGGCCUCAAAAGUAGUUGAUUCGUAUGAAUGGAGUCGUCUAGGGUCAGGCACAGUUGUGGAUAUUGGCGGCUCACGAGGUCAGGUUGCGGUGCCAGUGGCCUCGAAGUUCCCAGCGUUAAGAUUCGUGGUGCAGGACCUCCAGAGCACCAUAGCUGGAGCUGCCGUGGACUUGCCACCCCAAGUCGCCGACCGUGUGGGCUUUAUGGCCCAUGAUUUCUUUGAAGAGCAGUCAGUUGUUGCCUCUGCGUAUUUCCUGCGAUGGAUCCUGCACAACUGGUCGGACAAGUACUGUAUCAAAAUUCUCCAUGCACUGACUCCUGCGCUGCGACCGGGGGCACGGGUCAUUGUCAAUGAGAUCUGCAUGCCUGAGCCGGGAGAGGUUCCUGUGUGCAGAGAAAGGUUGGUACGGACGAUGGGCUUGGGCAUGAUAGGCCUGUUCAAUGCCUAUGAGCGAGAUAUAGAAGACUGGACCCGGCUCUUCGAGCAAGCGGAGUCGAGAUUCCGAUUGCUCGGUUGUCGGCACCUGGACGGUGCAGAAAUGGCUUUGAUCGAAUUUGAGUGGACCGGAUGA